CACAACAUUCUAGUUCUAAGAACCACUUAGCCGUAUAAAGCGUAUAAAGCAAUUGUGUGACGGUACUUAUUAGCCGCUGAAUGGCGUGAUCGUUAGCAAUCCAGACGGUUUACUGGCUCUACAAUGGCAUUCCGCGCUCUCAUCAUUCCCCUUGCUUUACUCGUAUAUUUCGUACUACUAUCGAAGUAUGCCGCAGCACAGUCGUACAGCAAUAUCAACGGCGGAAACUCCACAAAAUGUCGUUGUCUUCCGGGUGAUUCAUGUUGGCCGAGUGAUGCAGACUGGAAUGCGCUCAAUACGAGUCUAGCCGGUCGUCUGGUCAUUCCACAUCCAACCGCUUAUCCGUGUUACGCUGGUGCCGGCUUUAAUUCCCGUGAUUGCCAGCAAAUCCAGAAAUACUACAACCGUCCCGGCUUCCUGAUCACCAAACCCGGCAGCAUGCAGAACUUCAACUGGGAAGAUCUGGGCGCGCAGCGCUGCACGCUGGAAAGCGGUAACGAAUGGGGCGUGGUGUGUCAAAGUGGUCGGACGCCAGCGUACGCUGUGGAUGCGCACAGUCCGGAGGAUAUCCAGAGAGCAAUGAGUUUUGCCAGUAAGCACAAUCUGCGGGUGGUGGUGAAAACGACUGGACACGAUUAUCUCGGGCGCAGCACGGCACCCGGAGCGCUGCUAAUCUGGCUUCACAAUUUCGAAGGACAACUGGAGACGAAGACGUCAUUUACACUUAGUGGCUGCGAUGCCAGCAGCCAGAGUGUCGGCCCUGUUAUUACGGUUGCGGGUGGAAAAACAUGGGAUGAUGUGUAUCCAAAGGUUGAGCAAGACUUUAACGGAAAGUACGCCAUCGUCGCCGGCAACUGUUUCGACAUCGGCGCAGCCGGUGGAUACAUUCUCGGCGGCGGUCACAGCAUCAUCUCGCCGUCGUUCGGUCUGGCCGUGGACAGUGUCCUGGAGAUGAAAAUCGUCACCGUCGACGGGCAACUUCUAACGGCCAACGCGUGCCAGAACACGGACCUUUUCUGGGCGCUGCGCGGGGGAGGAGGCGGAACCUAUGGUGUCCUCACGUCCGUCACGUACCAGCUGCAUUCCGUUCCCAACGGCUUCACCAGUUAUUCCAUCCAGAUUCUGGCGGCCAAUAAGACUGGUGAUUUGAAUCCCAAGCAGUUGGAGGAUGUGUUGGAGGUCCUGUCCCGGCGUACCGCUGAUCUGGAUGCGGUCGGAUGGGGCGGUUAUUAUUAUUUUAACGCAGCAUUUGGGUUUAGUUUGAUGUGGAUUGUGCCGGCCGAUUGGCCGAAUGCACUGGUGCCGGUUGAAGCGAUAAAGGACGAAUUGGUGGCGAUGCAGGCGUCUUCGGGUUUUCUGGUCGGACCGUUUGCGAAUGUCGGCGGGUUUGUCCAGCAUUUUAACGGAGUGUCGGACUGGCGUUCGUGGGCGAACACCGUUGGUGUGUACGAUGAGAGCCUAUCCCCUGGAAUCCGUACGACUCUCGGCACUCGUCUCAUCCCCGCAGCUGCGCUCAACCAAUCGCGUAGCGUCGCCCAGAACAUCAUUGCGGCCGCGGCGAAGACCAACUUCCUGUUUGGCUUUGGCAUUCUCCACGUAUCCGGCAACGGCGUCCGCAGUAAGGAUCCUCAAUCGAUAGAGACGUCGGUGACCCUGGCGUGGCGCAAAGCAGCCUGGCAUGCCAUUCUGGCGGUGGGGUGGCUGCCGACCACAACCGAGGAGGACGUGGCUCUUUUAAAGGGCAUGCUGGAAAGCGGAGCGCAAGUGUGGCGCGAUGCGUACCCGGAUUCCGGAGCGUAUUUUAAUGAAGCCUCCACAACGGAGCCGCAUUGGCAACAAGCCUUCUGGGGGAAGAAUUACGACCGUUUGCUGCAGAUUAAAAAGACGGUGGACCCAAGUGGAAUGCUGGUGUGCAGCCAAUGCGUUGGCAGUGAAGCGUGGGAUCCGACAGGAAAUUGUCGGCUACAGUAAAUGAAUGUGAUGAAACUCUCUUGUAUCUUACGCAAUGCUUACAUUUGUACCACUUCGCGUAAACCGUAGUUUAUUAUUAUGCUGAUAGGGUCAGAAUGUAUGCAGUUGGGCAUCGUUCUUAUAAAAGCAGAA